UGCUGAAUAGUGUCUGGAGAAAGAGACCUUGUCCAUAAAACAAUCUGAUGCACUGGAUUGUGAAGGGGAAUCAAAUAAUACCGGCAUUUAGUUUAGUGAGCUUUCUACCCUUUGUCUUGUUAAGUUGCCUUAUUUGAAGCAACUAUUUUAGUUUCAGCCACCCUAUGAUGGUUUAAAAUCGUGCUGUUACCUGUUAAUUUUUUGCUUUUUUUAAAAAAUCAAUUGGAAUGUAGAUAUUUAAAGGGACACACAGCAGUUUUGUACCUGGCCUUUCCCAAGAUGUAGGAUAUUUUUUGAUGGAUAAUCUUGAAGAGGAUGACUGAUCUCCUUAAAUGGAGGGGUGUGAUAUUCAUCUGGAGACCAUGUUAGUAUGAUCUUGCCAAGAAUGUACCUGGUUAUCUGUCGGAUUGAGCUCCACCAAGAGACAAAGGGUUGGAUCACCUCUGGAAGAUGUCACUGCUGAUAUUCAACGUUGACUACAACAUAACCAACGUGGCGGCUUCCUUCCUCAGCAUGGAGCCUGGAACAGAGCACGUCAACAUCACAGACAGGGUAACAUUUCAGACUGUCACCAUGGUGACUAAUGGUACCAACACAACUGCCACUCCACUGCCCGAUGCAGAAAUUGGGAGGUCAAGAAUGGGGCUGGUGCUUGUUCCUGUUGGAGUAAUCACUAUUAUAGCAUUAGCUGUGGCCAUGGUUCUGUACAUCAGGAAGAGAAAGAGGCUUGAGAAGCUACGGCACCAGCUGAUGCCAAUGUACAACUUUGACCCUGGCGAGGAGCAAGACGAGCUGGAACAGGAGCUACUUGACCACGGUCGAGAUGCAACUUCACAGGGGUCACAGAGCAAGAUCUUGAUGCCAAGUCAAGGAUCAUUGCAGAGGCCCAGCAGACUGGUGUUCACUGAUGUGGCCAAUGCCAUUAAUGCUUGAACAAUACUUCAGCUCCAACACUGAUGGACAACACCAAGGUGGUCACCUGACACACUUCCAGUCAUGUGAACAUUCCUAUGGAUGCCUGCUUUGUCUCCCCUCUUCUGGAUGUCCAAACCAAUUGUCAAUCACUGGCCACUUGGGGUAAUUUUGUGUACUUAAGGGAAUGGUUUCUCAAGGCGGGUGACACGAGGACACCUUGGGCUGGUUCCAGUGAGGUUGAAUGGGCAGCACUUCUCCACUUUGCAUUUCAUCCAUCUUGGGUCAAUACCUGGCGCUAACUCCCCUCCACCUCAUCAAACCUACCCUACCAUGUUGGGGAGGAUUUACUUGCUCCCGUUACCAAUCUGGUUGCAACAAUCAUCUGCUUCCGCCUGGCCAGUAGGUACACAAAUGGAGCUGAAUACUGUGUCCAACCCCGGCACAGCCACCAAAGUCAAAGUUGAGUUUAUUGUCAAAUGCACAAGUACAUGUAUGCACAGGUGCAAUGAAAAACUUACUUGCAGCAGCAUCACAGGCACAUAGCAUUGGAGACACAAAAUUCACAAGAAAAAUAAGUUAAACAUAAAUUGUACUAAAUUAUACAAGAACGAACACAAUUAGAACCAAUUCCAUUGUAGUGCAAAGUGGUGAUAGUGCUGCUUUACCGAGGUGGUGAUUAGGGUUGUGCAGGUUGGUUCAAGAACUGAAUGGUUGAAUCACUUCCACCGCUACUGUGGAAGAGGAAGAGCCUGGUUGAGUCUUAAUUGGCUCAAAGAGACAUACAGCACAGAAACAGGCCCUUUGGCCCAACUCGUCCAAUCCGACCAAGAUGCCCAUCUAAGCUGGUCCCAUUUCCCUGCGUUUGACCCAUACCCCUCUUUCCCCAAGGCUAACUGAUUAAGAAAUUGCUUAUCAUCUGGCAGGCUCUUCCAGCCUGCACGGAAACACUGCAUGCUGCUCUUUCAUUCACCUCUUCACCCUCUCCCCUUCCCUCAUCACCCCUUUCCUUAUGUCCCUCAAACCACUCCCAAUUACAACUCCACCACCCCCAAUUCUGGAGGAACUGCCACCAUGCCCAUUGGCAUUCAGUCUUCCAGGACCAAUUCAAUCAGACCCUGAGCAAGGAUGUUUUAACAGCUCACAGAUGAGAUUUCUCUGUAUAGGGGAGAGGUGGAGCCAGGAUCCUUCCCAAAAAUAAUGACCAAAGUUAAAACUACUGCUUUUCUGUAUUAGGGUAAAGAUAUUCAAUGUCUAUUUGUCAUUUUAUAUCCAAAAACUUUUUUUUAAAAAUUGUUUAAAAUUUUUUAAGAAUUUUAUUUACAGCCUGGUAACAGGCCCUUCCGGUCCAACGAGUCCACGCCACCCAUUUUAAACCCAAAUUAACCUACCCAUACGUCUUUGCGAUGUGGGAGGAAACCAGAGCACCCGGAGGAAACCCAUGCAGACACAGGAGAACGUACAAACUCCUUAGACAGCGAUGGGAAUCGAACCCCGAUUGCUGGCGCUGUAAUAGCGUCGCGCUAACCGCUACGCUACUGUGCCGCCCUGGCAUUUGUUAUCAGUGACAUGUAUAACUCACUGGCUGCAUGUGUAUUGUGGCCACAUUACAAUUGGACCCCCACCUCUUGGUCAGAGGGUUGGGGGUUCAAGACCUAUUUCAGAAUUCUGAGUGUUAAAACCAGGCUUGACACUCAAUUGAUGUGCUGGGAAGUGCAGAGCUUUCGAGGGUGCAUGAGACUUUGAAGCAAGACUCCAUCCAUACACAACAGUGAGUUAUCUGCAUUCCUGGGCUCUAUUUAUUUAUAUUUAAUCCUCAGUCACUAAACUAGACAAUCUGCUCAUUAUUACAUUACUGCUAGUCAGAGCUUGAUGUGUGCAACUUGGUGGCUGCAUCUCCCAAAAUGCAACAGAGACUGCACUUCAGUUGGGACAUGUUGAAAUCAUAAAAGGCACUAUAUAAAUGCGUUAUGUGAUAGAAUUUGACAAAAUCAAUACAAGGCAUUGAGAAGUGAUUGUAGGCUGUCUAACAAGGACAACAUCCAAUGCCUGGGUCUACCUUGCUCAGUUACACCACCGCUUUAAUUUGUUAAUUUUGUUGGAUGUCAACAUUGCUGGCGGGGCCAGCAUGUAUUGCCCAUCCUUAUCUGCCCAUAACAAGGUGGUGGUGAGCCACCUCUCGAUCUGCUGCAGUUCCUUUGCGUUGUUUGUUGCAGAUGAAGCCAUUGCUAUGUACAACUUAGCCACAGUUUAUCCCUUGAAGGUUAAGGCUGAGAGCUGGUUGCUUGUUCCAAUAGACUCUCACCCUUGACGACUGCUGGCUCCCAAAAUGGUCAUCACAGUAGCCUCCACCAUCAGCUCACUUCCUCAAGGGCCCCCUGAUGGUGUCUCACCAGUUGGGAAUCACUGGCUGCUCAUUGACUCUAUGGAACCAGGGCCGGAGACCCAAAAAUCAGGGGGGUGGUGGUGGGGAUGGGGAUGGGUGGGUGGCUGGGCCCAAGCAUAAACAUACAGCCACAAGGACCACACCUUCCCUGAGAAGUGACUGGUGCUGGACUUUGAUGGUCAUUCAUGGCUCGGUCAGUAGUAGCAACCAGAAGACCCAAGGCCCAAGAACUGUAGGCUUUUUAGGCUCUACAAUUGCACCUGUGUUCAAGGCUCCUCUUCCCAAAGGCAAAGCCUGUACUGGGGGCAGAGGCAGGGAGAGUGGGCUGGCAGUGGACGUGGGGGAAGCAGCAGAUGACAAGUAGAACAAUGUGCGACAAAGCCUGGGGAGAUGCAGCAGCACUCUAUAUACAGUAUAUGCUCCCUUACAAAGUGGGCCGUACCUCUCCAAGCUUUGUCACAGCCCUGAGGGAGACAAGAACGUUGGAGAUCAUUGUGGCAAAACACAGCAGAUGUGUCCAUGGGUGGUGCAGACACAAAGUGGUAUACAGUUUAGAUUUAUGCAUCUCAGCUUUGUUCUUGUAAGUCCUCUUUACUUAUUUAUCUUCAGUACAUUUAAGUCAGUGUAUUUCCCAAUAUUAAAAACAAUGAAAUAAA